UGGAUCGAAGCUUGCGGAUUACAUGAAAUGCAGAAUAAAUAUAUAUCCCAUAUUUUUAUUUGCUCAUGUCACUUUGAGUUACCUCGGGAUUUAAUUCCAUUGAGGAAACUACCUUUUGAUGCUGUACCCACUAUCGAAAUACCUGUACCAAAUCGUCCAGUUGUAUCUAACAUAAUGGAAUGUGAUAACUCAGUUCAGCCAAUAUCGGUAACUUCCAUUCCACAUCAUUCAUAUUCCAAAGAGAAUUUUUCUUCUACAAAAAAACGCAUGUAUGCAGAACCUAGAUAUAUUUCAGAAAUUAAUAUUGGAGAUGUAAGUAGUCCAAAAAAGGCGAAAAGGAUAAUCGAUUUUGUUAAACAAGUAGAUAAAAAUAAAUGCAAACAAAUAAAGUAUUUACAAGAUCAUAACAGAAAACUUUUAAAGCGAAUUGCUACUUUGGAAAGAUUAGUAUCUCAUUUGAAAGAAUCAAAAUUGAUUUCUGAAGAUGGUGGAGAUAAUUAAUGGUAUGAUACAUAACAGAUUAAUAAUGAUAAUAUGAGCACGGUUGUCACUUCUUCGGCUAACGGAACAUUUGAUUACGUUUUUUUUAUAGAACGUAUUACAAUACAAUAACAAUUUUAAAAGUAGCAAUCGAUCUCUAGAAAGAUAAUGGGAUCUCCGGCAUAUAAAGUGGUGUACGUGAGAUAUAUAUUGUACAUAUUAUGUAUAUACUGUGUACAUUAUUAAAUUAAAUGCCUUUGUAGUUCCUUAUCAAAGGCAUUUAACAGUAUAUUAAAACACGGAAGUAAUCCACAAGCAUCGUAACUCAUUUAAUAAAAAUAUCCGUGAAAAAAGCAAGGUUCCAGUGCCUGGACACAUACCUAUUCGGAUAUUGGAAUG